UCCGCGCGCGGCCGGGCCCUGCCCCCCAUGGUCUCGCGGCCCGAGCCGGAGGGCGAGGCCAUGGACGCGGAGCUGGUGGUGACGCCGCCGGGCUGCUCGCACCUGAGCAGCUUCAAGGUGGACAACUGGAAGCAGAACCUGCGCGCCAUCUACCAGUGCUUCGUGUGGAGCGGCACGGCCGAGGCCCGCAAGCGCAAGGCAAAAUCCUGCGUCUGUCAUGUUUGUGGCGUCCACCUGAACAGGCUCCACUCUUGCCUCCACUGUGUUUUCUUUGGCUGUUUCACAAAGAAACAUAUUCACGAACAUGCGAAGUCGAAACGGCACAAUCUGGCCAUAGAGCUUAUGUAUGGAGGUAUCUACUGCUUUUUGUGUCAGGACUAUAUAUAUGACAAAGACAUAGAGAUAAUUGCCAAAGAAGAACAGCGGAAAGCUUGGAAAAUGCAAGGUGUUGGAGAGAAGUUUUCAACUUGGGAACCAACCAAACGGGAGCUUGAACUGCUGAAACACAACCCAAAAAGGCGAAAGAUCACCUCUAACUGCACCAUCGGUCUGCGUGGGCUGAUCAACCUGGGAAACACAUGCUUCAUGAACUGUAUCGUGCAGGCUCUGACCCAUACACCUCUGCUGCGGGACUUCUUCCUCUCGGACAGGCACAGGUGUGAGAUGCAGAGCCCCAGCUCCUGUCUGGUCUGUGAGAUGUCCUCGCUGUUCCAGGAGUUUUACUCUGGGCACCGGUCCCCCCACAUUCCGUACAAGCUGCUACACCUGGUGUGGACACAUGCCCGUCACCUGGCGGGGUACGAGCAGCAGGACGCCCACGAGUUCCUCAUCGCUGCAUUGGAUGUGUUGCACCGGCACUGCAAAGGUGAUGAUAAUGGGAAGAAGGCCAACAACCCCAAUCACUGCAACUGCAUCAUAGACCAGAUAUUCACGGGUGGGCUGCAGUCUGAUGUCACCUGCCAAGUCUGCCAUGGUGUCUCCACCACAAUAGACCCCUUUUGGGAUAUCAGUUUGGAUCUGCCUGGCUCUUCCACCCCUUUCUGGCCCCUGAGCCCAGGGAGCGAGAGCAGCGUGGUGAACGGGGAAAGCCAUAUGUCGGGAACCACCACACUCACGGACUGCUUGCGAAGAUUUACCAGACCAGAGCACUUAGGAAGCAGUGCCAAGAUCAAAUGUAGUGGUUGUCAUAGCUACCAGGAGUCCACUAAACAGCUCACCAUGAAGAAGCUGCCCAUUGUGGCCUGUUUUCAUCUCAAACGAUUUGAACACUCAGCCAAACUGAGGCGGAAGAUCACCACCUAUGUGUCCUUCCCCCUGGAACUGGACAUGACCCCCUUCAUGGCAUCCAGUUACAGCAAAGAGAGCAGAAUGAAUGGACAGUACCAGCAGCCAACGGAUAGUCUCAAUAAUGACAACAAGUAUUCCUUGUUUGCAGUCGUUAACCACCAAGGGACUCUGGAGAGCGGCCACUACACCAGCUUCAUCCGGCAGCACAAGGACCAGUGGUUCAAAUGUGAUGAUGCCAUUAUCACCAAGGCCAGCAUCGAGGACGUGCUGGACAGUGAAGGAUACUUACUGUUCUAUCACAAACAGUUCCUGGAAUAUGAGUAGCCUUACCCACAGCUGGUCAGAAAAAUGAAGGCGAUGAGUUGGCAAGUCUCAAAAUGAUCCCCAACCUCCCCAACAACGUGAUUCUGCCAUACACAGAAGCACCCUCGAGAGCAUGGGGGUCCUCUGUAGCCUGGGUCCCAAGGAAUCAUCACGGUGGAUGCCCAGGAUUGUGGUAUUGAAUGGACAAACCCCAUGCUUGGAGAACAGCUCCAGGAAACACACAACAGAACAAAUAAAUGAAGGGUGUGCCCUGAGUGGGAGGAGCAGAGUAGAUCUGCACUAGCACAUCUCCUGUGCUCCUCAAAGAGAUGGGGGGCACAGCAGAGCACCUGGCCCCUCUGCUUCCAUUCAGCCCACCGUACAGUAUAGACUUUAAAAGGCACCAGUUCAUUUUAAAGCUAUGGGUCCAUUAAGGCAGCAGGUAGGGGAGACAACGAUAGUGUGUAAGGACAAAAUAUCUUUCUCUUGUGAGUUUAGUAUUAAAUAUAUAUAGUAAUGGAACUCUUAGCCUCCAUACUGUCAGCAGAUACAAACAACCCACCCUACCCCAAGCCUGUGGGACUGAAGACACUGGGGUUUCCAAGCACGUCUGUUCUGCAGGUAACUUAGCAUCAAAUUGCAUGUGGCCACAUCAGCCCUGGUGGUCUUUCAGUUUUCUAGAAAUAGGCCUUUUCUUACCUCCUCCCCUUUUCUCUCCAUUUCCACAAUGAUGAAUUUCAUAAAUGUAAUGAUAGUAAUGUGAAAGGAUUAUUGAGUUUAUACUGAAAUUUAGAUUGUUUCUCCUUUAUACUCGAGUGAAUUUUGCUUUCUAAUUGGUGCUGGUUGCCUCCUCCCCCUUUCCCUGCCUUACCUUCUGGAAGCAUCCGUGUCCAGGUUACAGCUGGCGGGCGCAACAGAAGGAUCAGGCUGCAGCUAUAAAUGUGUCAUAUUAAUUAAUUUUUUGAGUAUAUGAAGCAUUUUUCAAUGGUUUUAUUGUUUCCCUUCCUCAUAUUUUCUUGCUGGCUACCUGUGCCACCACCAUGGUGGCCUGUGUGUUAAGCUGAAGCUGUAGUGGCUUCCAGCAGAGACUGGAUUACAUUGCUGAGUGAAUCUGAUUCACAUUUAGUGUCGUUUCAAUUAUAGGGGGAGAAUAAACGGCUGUGACACCUUGUUGGCAAGCUGAUGAAGGAGAUGGAACAACACGAAUUGUUCCUUGUAAGAUAUCUUGCAUGCUUCUAUCUGUUCAAACGCAAACUUAAGAUUGUUUGUACCUUUCUGAGAAAUUACAGCCCAGACAUGAGGGAGGAAUAGUUUGCUGUUUUUUUGUGAAAAACCCACUUGCAAGCUGUGUCUGUCCUGGGGGCCCAGCUGCAUAUGAAGGGGGGUCAGCACAUUGUUUUCAUCAAAAGCCAGGUCGUAAAUAUUUUAGGCUUUGUGGGGUCUCUACCAUAGAUAAUACAAAAACAAACGAUCAUGGCUAUGUUCCAGUAAAACUUUUGGACACUGAAAUCUUAAUUUCAUAUGAUUUUGAUGUGGCACAAAAUAAUCAUUUUUCUCCCCCCUCUUAAAAAAUGUGUAAACUAUUCUUAGCUGACGAGCCAUAGGAAAGCAGGCAGUGAACAGGAUUCUACUCAGCUGGUUAGGUUAGGAAGGGAUAAUAAUAGCAGGAGUGGAGUCUCUGGAAAGUACUGGAACAUGUGAAACAACAGUCAUAUGCAGCAAAAUCCUUAGUGAUAAAGAUUCUUAAGCACUUGCUCAUUUCAUUAUUAGUUAUGUUUCUGCACUUUUGGAAUAUUAAGUUUUAAAGCAUUAUGAAACAGCCAGCAUUAUUAGAGAAACAGGAGUGGGCCUCCGGUGCCCAACUUGGUUGUGUGUGACACGGCCAUGAAGACUUCUUGCGGAGAGGGGUUCUCUCUUAAUAGGAUCACAUCUAAGAGAAGGAAAAUUGACUGACAUUGGCUUGCAGCAUUGUGAGCCACAAAGUCUCUUCCUUUGUUUUGCUUAUGGUCUCCCUUUAUCAGAGUGUCCAGUGCAGAGUGGGGGCAGGGCAGCCAUGUGGGCCUUGGGUUUCCUGGCAGGUUGCCUGUGGUAUGGUGUUCUGCCCUGCUUCUCACACCUCUCCACACCCAUCCUCCUCCCAACUCCUGUUCAGGGACUCAGCAGCUCCCAGGCGUGAGCAUAAGAUAGCAAGGCUACAUUAAGUUUUUGUAGGCAUUAUAGUGAAACUUCAUACCCAAAUUCAUUGUAUUUGUUCCUUUUGACAUUGGCAUUCUAAGCACUUACUUGUGUUCCGAUCACACAGAGCAUUUCUCAACACUAAGGAGACAGACUAGGGGACUUCCCUCCUACCAGUGUAUUUGAAAUAACUUGUAUUCCCAAGAUGGCUGUCUUCACAGCAGUUGGCGCUGAAACAAGAGGACUUUCCCUCCUGAGAUGUCUGAAGAGAGGUGGGUGCGGGUCCGGGUAGCCUGUAGUCCUUCCAGCCUGAGUGGGCGCUCCUGUGGGCACCAGCAGCACCCCAGAACUCCUCUGCAGCAGUCCCCUGCAACAUACAGUCCCAUGCUCUUGUACCUCGGCUUGCUGUGUAUGCUUUUCUUUGUGUAAACUUGCAGUUCUUUUGACAGUUCCAAGUGACUGUUUUGUUUACUAUAACUUCGAAGACAAAAAUUGUAAAAAGACGAUUCCAAUGAUUGUGCUGUGGAUUUUAUUACCAAGAUGUUUACACCUCCCUUUGACCUGCCUUUUGAGGAACUGUUUGACUCUAAUCCCUUCCCUUAAUGGCUUGUAGUAUUUCCUAUGUCAUAAUAAAGCUACAUUUUAUUCUGAAACCGGCCAACUCUCCCCUUACUAAUAUGGCAGCC